AAAGCGAGAGGAAGAGAGACCAAGAACGAAAUAUCGUGAGGUAUUUUCAGUUGUGUGAGGAAAGUGUGGGAUCGUUUGUGCCAUGGAAUUGUACAGAAUGUAGAAACGCAUAUUGAGCCGCUAACUUACUUCAUUUGGAUAAAUUCCAUAAUAUAUAGCGUAAAAUACACCCCGUAUUAUACGUAAAACAGUUAGAGAGGGGCACGGGACACAAGAUCGAACAAAUGCCAGACAAAGAAGGAUGAAAAUUAUGAAAGAGUGAGAAUGAUAGAAAAUGUACUAGAACAGCUUGCAUAUUCAGUGGCAUUUAACUCAGUCUAACGACGACAGCUGUUCUGUAUUUACAUUGCGCAUCGUACAUCAAUCACUACUUUAAUAUAAACUGAUUUCCUUGUCAGAAUUCUCUUUUUCGAGGUGGUCGAGUGCCUACCGCAUUUAAGGUUAUUGUUCGUUAUUCCGCAGUUGAGGUGAAGGUGAGACUGAUGCUGAUUGGCUGAAUAAACCAGGAAUGGGAGUGUUAUUAGACGAGUUAAUUUAAAAAAUGUCCAAUAGCGAGCCGAUUAAUAUUGAAAAGCCCAGAUGGGAUCAAAGUACUUAUGCGGGCAGAGCUCGACAUUUUUUAACGCUCACGAAUCCAUUAAACGCAUUUGCAUCAAAUGAGAAACUGGAAAGAGCAUCGCAAAUUGUAACCAAAUACAGGAAGGGUACAUCGUUAAAGGAAUUAAACAUAAACGAAGACCAACUAUGGAAGAGCAAAUACUUAUACGACAGUGCGUAUCAUCCGGAUACAGGCGAAAAGAUGACCCUCAUUGGUCGUAUGAGUGCACAAGUUCCUAUGAAUAUGAUCAUUACUGGUUGUAUGCUGACUUUCUAUCAAUCAACCCCAGCGGUAAUAUUCUGGCAGUGGUUCAACCAGUCGUUUAAUGCCGUGGUAAAUUAUACGAAUCGUAGCGGCUCUACACCCAUUCCAAUGGAAACAUUGGCCACGAGUUAUGUGGGAGCGACGACAGGUGCAGUUAUUACUGCUCUGAGCCUCAAUAAGCUGGCUAAACGUGGCCCACCCCUAGCGGGUAGAUUAGUGCCAUUAGCAGCCGUAGCUGCUGCUAACUGCGUCAAUAUACCAAUGAUGCGCUACACGGAAUUAAGGGAUGGCCUCGAGUUGCAAGAUGAUAAGGGUGAGAAACAGGGAAGCAGUAAAAAAGCUGCAAGACAGGCAAUUUCAUCGGUCGCGAUAUCAAGGAUAUUAAUGGCAUCGCCUAGCAUGAUUUUGGCACCAGUGCUCAUGAACAUUUUAGAGCGUCGAAAGACACUAGUUCACGCUACCUGGGCAGCAGGUCCUAUUCAGAUGGCCCUAUGUGGCGUCUGUUUAACGUUCGCUACGCCACUUUGUUGUGCCCUGUUCGCUCAGAGGGUUCCGAUGCCUGUCGAUGAACUUGAAGAGGAUGUGCGCGAGAAAGUACUAGCCAAAAAUUCGAAUAUUAAGACGGUUUAUUAUAACAAGGGCCUGUGAAUAUAAUGAGCAUAAUGUAUCUCUGAAUCAUUGAACCAAGAUAUCGCACUUCCUAAGUGAACCAACUCGAAUAUGUAGACUUCGGAUCUAUUGAAGUACUUGAGCUACUUAUUCGAUCAAUUAAUAUACCAAAAAAUAUAUGGUAUACUUGUUUCAACAGUUUUAGAGACUGUAUAGUCAGAUAGAAAAUAAAUAAAGACUUAAGUAUCGAGCUGAGUUAUUGUUACAUAGCAUCAGUUUCAAAUAUCAAUGUAAUUAAAUAAAAGCUUUGUGGGAACUUGGAAGAUAAA